CCCUCCCGCGACGUUCCAAUGGUCGGAAAGGGCUCCCUGGCGUUCCAAUGGGGAAGCGGAGCGUCCUGCUUUGAGCCCGGAUGCCGACGGGCGGAGAUGGCUGCGGUGUGAAGGGAAGCCGUUUGCUUCUGCAUUGCUGCUGCUGCUGCUUCCUCCUCGGCGAGGCCGCCCUUUGCACCAGCAGCGCCGACACCAGGAGAAGGGAAGCAACGGGGCUCGUGCACCAGCAGCCAGGCACCGCAAUUGGGAGCCGCGCCCCCGGAAUCCGAAGCGUGGCUGGGAGCGAGCUCUGGCCAUGAGAACGCCUUGGGCGCUGCACCCACCGCCUCCUCUUGCACGCCCGGAGUCCUCCUUGGUUCUCGAGGCGGCGGUCCCCGGUGCGAAUCCCCAGCCUUAAAGGAACAGGACCCUUGAAUCAAGGACAUUUAUUCUCAGCCUUUGCCAGUCCUCAGCAUCUUUGCAUUGACUCGGGACUCUCCAGGGACUCAAAAAAGAUAAUAAUAUUGUUCUCACCUUGGAUUUUUAUUUUUAAAGGCCUUUGGUCUUUAAGGUAGGGAGGCUUCGCCUUGGAGGGUCCCGGGGAAGCAGCCAUGGGGCUGCCCGCCUUGGAGUUCAGCGACUGCUGCCUGGACAGCCCCCUCUUCCGCGAGAGGCUCAAGUCCCACGAAGCCGAGCUGGACAAGACCAACAAGUUCAUCAAGGAGCUCAUCAAAGACGGGAAGAGCCUCAUCGCGGCCCUGAAGAAUCUGUCUUCAGCAAAACGGAAGUUUGCAGAUUCCUUGAAUGAUUUUAAGUUUCGAUGUAUAGGUGAUGCUGAAACGGAUGAUGAAAUAUGUAUAGCAAAAUCCUUGCAAGAGUUUGCUGCUGUUCUUAGAAACCUAGAAGAUGAGCGCAUACGCAUGAUUGAAAAUGCCAGUGAAGUACUGAUCACUCCUCUGGAGAAAUUCCGUAAGGAGCAAAUUGGUGCUGCUAAGGAAGCCAAGAAAAAGUAUGACAAAGAGACUGAGAAAUAUUGCGGUGUGUUAGAAAAGCACUUAAACCUGUCUUCGAAGAAGAAGGAAUCUCAACUUCAAGAGGCAGACAGCCAGGUGGACGUGGUUCGACAGCACUUCUAUGAAGUCUCUCUUGAGUAUGUCUUCAAAGUUCAAGAAGUUCAGGAGAGAAAGAUGUUUGAGUUUGUGGAACCACUGCUGGCAUUUCUGCAAGGGUUGUUCACAUUCUACCACCAUGGUUAUGAGCUUGCAAAGGACUUUAGUGAUUUCAAGACAGAGCUGACAAUCAGCAUUCAAAAUACAAGAAACCGUUUUGAAGGCACACGAUCAGAAGUUGAGUCCUUGAUGAGGAAGAUGAAGGAGAAUCCCCAUGAGCAUAAAAACAUCAGUCCUUACACAAUGGAAGGCUACCUCUAUGUGCAGGAAAAACGUCAUUUUGGGACAUCUUGGGUGAAACAUUACUGCACAUAUCAGAGUGAUUCUAAACGAAUAACUAUGGUGCCAUUUGACCAGAAGUCUGGUGGAAAAGGGGGAGAAGAUGAAGCUAUUAUCCUCAAAUCCUGCACACGUCGGAAAACAGAUUCCAUCGAGAAGAGGUUUUGCUUUGAUGUAGAAGCAGUUGAUCGGCCUGGAGUGAUCACAAUGCAAGCACUUUCUGAAGAAGACCGAAGACUGUGGAUGGAGGCAAUGGAUGGCCGGGAACCGGUUUAUAACUCAAACAAAGACAACCAAACAGAAGGCACUGCCCAGUUGGAUAAUAUGGGCUUCAGCAUUGUGAAGAAAUGCAUCCAUGCUGUUGAAACAAGAGGGAUCAAUGAACAAGGACUAUACAGAAUAGUUGGUGUCAACUCCCGAGUCCAGAGGCUAUUGAGUAUCUUAAUGGAUCCUAAAUCAGCCGAAACAGAAGAUGAAAUUUCUGCAGAGUGGGAGGUUAAAACAAUCACCAGUGCAUUGAAAACAUAUUUGCGAAUGCUCCCUGGGCCGCUCAUGAUGUAUCAGUUUCAAAGAAGCUUCAUCAAAGCAGCAAAACUGGAAAAUCAAGAAUCCAGAACCUCAGAGAUUCACAGCUUAAUACACAGACUUCCUGAGAAAAACAGACAGAUGCUCCAAUUGCUCAUGAAUCACUUAGCAAAUGUCGCAAAGAACCACAAACAGAAUCUAAUGACUGUUGCAAAUCUGGGGGUUGUUUUUGGACCAACUUUAAUGCGACCACAAGAAGAAACAGUUGCUGCAAUUAUGGAUAUCAAAUUCCAAAAUAUUGUGGUGGAGAUCUUAAUAGAAAACCAUGAAAAGAUAUUUAACACCGUUCCAGAAACACCACAGUCAAAUUGCCAGCUGCUUUUGUCUCGAAAAAGAAGUAUGGACUCAAAGCCACCGUCAUGCAGCGAGAGGCCCUUAACUCUCUUCCAUACUGCGCAACCCAGUGAAAAACAGGAAAACAGGAACAGUAUCAUCAACUCCAGCCUGGAAUCAGUCAUAUCAUCAUCAAACAUCAACAGUUUCCUCCACUCCAACAGCACUCCUCAGUCUAACAUGAACUCAAGUGACCCUGACUUAGAAGUAGUUAAACCCAGCAGGCCAAACUCACUAGUCCCCCCUGAUUCAGCUGAGGCCUCUGAAGAUGCACCUACUUCAGACCAAACAUCCCUGGAAGGUGGCAGUGUUGACAAGUGAUGUUGAAGUGGACUGGCUGAGAACUGUUUGUUGUUGUUGACUGCCUUCAAGUCGACUUCGACUUAAUGGCAACCCUAUGAAUAAGAGACUUCCAAGUUACCCUAUCCUCUGCAUUCUGUCUCUAAGACAGGAAACCUACAAAAUGCAUACUUUCCUCUUUACAUUUUAUAAAACUUCGUUAGUUUUUUUAAAAAAAUCCAAAGUAGAGGAGUACAGUCUUUCUAAAGCAAAACAAUCACAUUAUUGGUAUAAAGAACAAUUGUAUAACCUGCCACUCCUUCCUCAAAAGGAAGUAGGAGGAACUACAUUUCUUCUCAUUAUUAUACAUCAAAUCAGGUGAUAUUAACUGUGGGGAGAGAGCAGAUGGAAGGGCAAACCAAAUAAAAAAGGGAGCGGAGAUAAUAUAACCCCUCUAGUUGGAAAAUUCUAGUUGUUUUCCAGUUCUCAGAGGAGAACUAUCAAGACAUGUGCUCCACUGGUAGCCAACAGAUAUUUUUUGAUAUUCUAAUUUCUGAAUCUCCUCUUUAUAUGUUUUUAGAUAGAAAUAUAUUUUUCUUCCUUCUUCUAGGAAUAAGCAUAAAAUAUUGACAUUCUUUGACAAGGAGAAAAAAUGUACAAAAAUAUAUAAACAUUAAUUAGUGGAACAGCGAGCACUUAGAUGAAUGAGCUUUUGGCUGAAGUUCUGAUAGGAACAGGUGCAUCUAGUGCCACAGAAAGGGAAUGUGUUGUGUAAAGUCUAAUUUAUAGAUCUGAUUUUGUCCUCUCUUCUCAGAUUCAGUCUGACAAGUACACACAUAGCUCCAGUGAAAACAGAGGAAUAAGAAUUGUAUGCAGCAUUUUUUAAAUAGCAAAAUCUUACAGUUAGCAUGGCCAUGUUCUGAAAUUUGUUCAGGAGUGACAAGUGAAUCUAUUGGUUUUCCAAGUAUCCAUGCAUCAUAGUUGCAAUGGCAUUCAUAGUAGUAAUAGUAGUAGUAGUAUUUAUACAUUUAUAUCCUGUAUUUCUUCCAUUAUGGAAUUUAUGGCAUCGUAAAUGGGAUUCUUCAGCAGUAACAUAUCUAGAUACUAAGAUAAUCUUGGUUUCACUGAGGUGGUGGUGUCAUAAAGACUUCUAAUUAAAUUUGUCACAUUACUUUCUCUUGGGUAAUACCAUUUAUUUUAAGGAUAUCACUGUGGGAUGUUUGUUGAUGAAACAUUUCACAUUUGCUCAAAAAUACACAUGAAGCUUUUAAAAAUAAUAUGAACAUUCAAAUAUAUGAUUCUAUGUAUAUUGGUUGCCACAGAUUUGGUAGAGGACAAGGCUUAAUAGUCGAACAUAUGCUUUACAAGCAUAAAGUCCAAAGUUCAAAUUUUACCAGCCCCAUUUAAACGAAUCUUGAAUAGCAGAGCUGAAAAAAAAUGUUUGCCUGGGACACCGGAGCAUUAUUAGGAAAAUGGGUGAGAUCCAACCAAUCUAGUAUUGUUGACACUGCCUGGCAGUGGCUAUUUCAAGUCUUCCAGUCCUACCUGAAGGUGUAUGGAUUGAAUCAGAAACCUUCUGCAUGCAACUUAUGUACUUCCAAAAGCAUGCAUCUUUUUGCAAAAUUACCUUGUUUUGAAGUGUGACUAUGAUGAUCUUAAAGAAGAAACACCACAUUUACUCAAUAGGGAGGUGAAGUGAGCAGGGGAAACUUUGAGGAUACCGCAACAGUGUUUGGCUCACAUCUUCCCACCUCUGAUAUAGAUGGAAUACUCAACUGAAACCUUAGAACAAAAUAUUUACAUUAUUUAAAAUUCAUCUUUUGAAUCAACAGGAUUUAUUUCUGGCAAUGUACUUUUCAGAUAUAGGAAGAUUUAACCAGGUGUGGGAGAGUAAAAGGUCUGCAACCUUGUAUCAAGUCCUGAAGCCCUUAAUGUUGAGCAGGAAUAGAAAUACUAGACUAUGUGAGAAUGAGUUUGCCCCCAUAGGGAGAAAAUUGGUAUUUUUACAUAGUUCAUACCUGGUAUCCACACACUGAUAUUUUUUGCAGAAUUAUUAUGUGCUGCAGUAGUUGUGGGGUUUUAUGGGAAGAAAACAUUUAUUUCUUGCCAGAAACUGAUACGUUGUUUUUGUUUUAUUUUGUAUUGGGGAUUUUUGUUGCUAUUUUGUGCAAGAAAAACAUACAAUUGUGCUGGAAAAAACCCUUGAAUGUCUAAAAUCAGUGUUUUGCGUGAGCAUGAAAAUAUUUUAUUUUUGCACAAAAAGGCAGAAUUGUCACACAAUCACUUUUUGGAAACAAUCAUUUUUGAUGUAAAGCUGCUGUGUUUUGCAAAGCAUUAAUUUUGUGCACACACACAAAAACAUGAGUCUGUGAAAAAUGGUAUUUGUGUGCAAUAAUGUGUUUUCACAGUUGAAAUAUUUAGAAUGUGUGAAAACCAUGGAAGAUUCUCACACCUGUGCCAUUUUUCCUCAUCAGAUUGCCUAAGGCCCCUUCCACACAGCUGUAUAAAAUCCACACUAAGCUGGAUUAUAUGGCAGUGUAGACUCAGAUAAUCCAGUCAAGCAGGCAUUGUGGAUUAUUUGCCUUGAUAUUUUGGGUUAUAUGAUUGUGGGAAAAGCCCUAAGUGUUGAAAAAACUCUUUUUACACUGUACCCUGGGAAGCAACACCAAAUAUGUUUUCCAUCCUUACAGUUGAGCAGCCUGAGGGAAGGAUCACACACAAAGAUGUUAGUUAUGUCGUUGAAGUUAUGUUUAGUCUGCCCCUGACUAUGGAGAAAAAGGAAGAGAUGAAGUGUGAUGUCUGAUGUGUAUCUCAGAUACGGUAGUUCAGUAAACUAGGAAAGUAACUCUGUGAUUAGAUAACCCCCUUCUCCAGGAAACCCUUCAUCAGUUCUCCUUUGUAAUCAAUAUUUAAUCUCUCCUCACGUAUCUUUUUGUUUUGUUUUAUUGGUGUCAAUGAGACUACUAGUGCCCACUAAAUAGUCCAUCUCGACACAUUAUUUUCUGUAGUUACAAAUUAAAUACUAGUAAUGCCUUUUAAUAUCUCUGUCAAUGUAAAAAGGAAAUGUAUGUAUAUGAGAGAUAUAUCGCAAAGGAGAUCUCCUUUAUGCAUUGGGUCAGCUUAAAAUCCAGGCUUCUACACCUUUUCUCUUCUCAACAAAAUGUAUUCCUUGUUGGUACAGGAAUCUCCCAAACUGUGAUGGAUUGUAAAAUAGGAGAUUCCUAGAACCUCUGAGAAUAUAUAAUAAACAGUAUAUUUGAAUUUA